UCAGGUUUCAUAAGUGUGUCCGUAGAUGAUAAGUAACUAGAUAGGAAGGUAGUAGUAGCAGUAGUAGUAGUAGUAGUAGUAAUAGUAGUAGAAGUAGCAGUCGUAGUAGUUCUGGUAAUACUUAGUGAUAGUAGGGCUAGUAGUAGAUUAUUACGGCAAGCAUGCAAGGUGGUUUGUAAAACUUAGGUACUCCCUCCAGGUUGUAGCCCCGCGAUGGUCCAGAAAACUACAUGUAUAUUUAUUAUUAUAUGCUUUUUAAUUAUAUUUUGUAUUCACUAUUAUCUAUUUUACUAUCAACAGCUGGAUAAAACACAAUUAUUUAUUGAAAAAAUGUAUUUACAAAUGAAAUGGUUCCUAUUAGGUAUGUUGUCUAUGAUUAUUUAUGCUUUGAAAUCGUAGCGCAAGUGUUAUUCUUAGUUUGUUUCAGCUUUUAGGAGAGAGUGAGAGCAUUUCAGGAAGUGUGACGAACUAUGAUAAAUAUUUUACGAAUAUAUCUAUUUAUAGCUAAGAUGUGAUUGCACAUUUCUUAUUUUUACGUAUUUUACAGAAUUGCUGUCCUAAAACUUACAGGUUUUCUUUCAGAAUCAUUGCCCAAAUAUUUUUAUCGGGCGUUGGAGGGGGGUACUCCAAAUUUCAGGAAUAGUACAAGUUAUAGACACUCCCGAGCGUGAUAAACGUGAUGUAAUGAAUAUUGAUGAUAAUGGCAGCUGUCCCAAAAAAUGUUCUGCCUAUAUAGCUGGAUGAACGUUUCAUGGAAAUACACGAGUAAAGUGAAGAUAAACAAUAAAAGCAUGUGAAGAAUGAUUAAAUCCUCCGAUUUGUACAGCAAUAUAUGAAAACAGCAAUCAAAUGGACAUCAACAUUUUUACAGGAUAAAUGUGUGGAUAAUAGUAGUAUGGUCUACUGUCAAUAUAUUGAUGAAGUUUUACGAAAUAUUUGCAGCCAGAUUCCAAGCAAAAGCUUCUAAAAACUUUCGCGAUUUCCAUACAUUUGAAGAAAUUCAGGGGCAUAUUUGGGAAACUAACAUAAUAACGCCAGAAGUUAUAUUUCUUCACGCCCUUAAAGAUGAUUUCAGGCUGAUACAUUCAGAACGAACAUCAAUUGAAAUGAUAAUUGAAAUGGUGAAAAGGUUAAUAACUGUGGCAUGCUGGCGAUUUUCGAUUGUGCAAAUAAAACCAGAACUAUGGAUGGACUUGAUUCUUCUUCACCUGAUACAAUUGAUCUUAGCAGUGACGGUUGAGGUUUUCUAGGGGUUUUCCUCGCCCGAGUGCGAAUGCAGUCACUAAAAAACCACGUUCCCCUAAUGAGUAGUAGAUAAAAUGAAAACUGUACUUAUCCUAUUAAUGAUCAUGUAAUUUUAGAUCAAAUAGUCAUUAAAUAUAUUUAUAUAAUAAAA